ACUGAUCAGUGUAGUCUGUGUUCUGUGCAAGUUAAGUUAAAAAGUGUCGAGCCAGUUAUGAGAGUUUGAUUAGGGAAUUGUAUAUCUUUUUUUAAUCGACUUUAAAUUAGACGGAGUAUAAUUUUUGCAUGUAUCUAUGUUCCUCGAUAUCUUGUUCACCAGUGGACCCAUUGUGAUAAAUUCUUUUUUGUUUAAAAGGAUAACCCGUAGCUGAAGUAUUGAUAAGGACCAAUAGCAGUGUUGAAGUAUGUGUUGAGCACACGACCGCAUUGCUAGUGCAACGCUUAACCAUAAAUCAUGUUACCAAGAACAUUAUAAAAAAUGGAAUUAAAAACGGUGUUUAUAUUUUUCGUGGUUGUUUUUCUGGAGGUUGUGCUAUGCGGAGAAGAUGAGCUUAGGGAAGGAGAUACCGCAGUGUGCACGGAAAUUGUUAGUCAACUUCAGAGUAUUAAAAAGACCUAUGGAUGUGGAAAACGGAAAAAGUGCACCCGUGUGGAACGCAAGUGGGUGCCAACGAAGAAAAAUAUAUGCUGCGACGGAUAUAAGUUUUACAAGGGAAAAUGCAUACUCGAUGUUGUUUGUGAAGAACCUUGUGUCAACGCGCAAUGUACUGGAUUCAACAAUUGCACAUGCGAUCCUGGAUUGGUUCACAUCAACGAGACCCAUUGUGGUCCAGCUUGUUCUGAUGGCUAUUAUAAUGACUUUUCAACUGUAACACUAGAUUGCAUAUCCAAAUGUCAUCAACCUUGUAUUAACGGAACUUGCACAGACUUCGACCAAUGCACGUGCAACACAGGUUACAAGUUGAAAAUUGGUAGUAAAUUUCAAUGUGAACCGGAAUGCGUGAAUUGCGAGAGCGGUGUAUGCGUCGCACCAAACAAAUGCGACUGUAAUAAAGGAUACGCCAAAAAUGAUAGCGACAUUUGCGUGCCAGUUUGUAAUGAUCCAUGCGAAAACGGUUACUGUUUUGCGCCUGAUCAAUGUAAAUGCAAUUCUGGAUAUUCCUAUGACGAGGUUCUCAAAUCUUGCAUUGCGGUGUGCAAAGAGACAUGUGUCAAUUCCUCAUGUAUAUCUCCUGAUAAAUGUGAAUGUUGGAGUGGAUACAUCAGUAUUAAUAACCGUGCGAGUUGUGUACCUUAUUGCUCCACCUGUGCUAACGGCGACUGCAUCGCACCAAAUCUUUGUCGUUGCAAAGAAGGUUAUGAGAGGCAUAACAAUACUUGUGAGUUAAUACCACUGAGAAACUGCAAAGGAUGUGAACCUACAUGUAAUGAGAGCAUAUGCGCGUGCGCUAAUGGCGCAUUAUGUGUUUUAUCAACCGAGGAGGCUAUCGUCGCAUCCAGUCCGACACUAGCUGGUCUCCAACUGACGUGGAUGUUAGGUGGAGCACUCGGUAUUUUGUUGCUUGUAUUCGUUUUGGUCAUCAUACAACGCACUUGGAGGCAGAGAAAACAGUUCGAACAAAAAGCCAACGGUGACGAUUACCGCACGUGCGACAGUAUUAUGCAUACGAUACCUAACUCAUUGAUACGACAAAAAUAUGAUGAUGAAGAAAAUGACGGAGAUUAUGAUGAGGUAGAACAUAGACAAACAAAUUUAGACCUCCUAUCACCGCAUGAGUACGUGGAGAAGAUGUAAUCGACCUUAUUACGAGGACAAUAGAAACGACAAUACGAAUCACCGUUGUGGGAGUAAAAUUAAAAAUCACUCAGAAUACCACAUUUGUCGAAAAAAAUGAAAAAGUAUGGAUAAACGCACUGAGAAUUCAUUAUUUCUAAAUAAGACUUGUUACUUAUAUCGAGUUGAGUUGAUCUGAAACUGUCUGUACUGUAUUUAAUUUACAUGUGGUGUUAGAUUUAUUUAAGAAAGUAAUUUUAUUUUAUGAUAUAAUCAUUAACUAGUAUUAAGUAUAAAAGGACUGCCACUUUACAAAAAUGUUUGGCUGUUGUAACUAAUACCUACCUACUUAUUGAUAAAUUAUAUGAUAAUGAAUUAGCAUUACAUUGUUAAAGCUCUUGAAGUUCAAUUACUAUAACAAGUGAUAUAAAAUAAGUAAAUGUAUUUUGAAUGAACUUUUGAAAAAAUAUCAGAGAGAAAGAGGUUCAUUUGAGUUAAUUGUUUGUUUGAUGAUUACCUGGAUUAAACUGAUUUGUGAAUGGGACAAAUGAUAAAUGGGGCCACGUUACAUGGUUUUAAUUAUUUAUAUUUUCAUAUUGUUCAUUAUUGUCAUAUUAUUUUGUUACAAAUAUGUUUGGCAAAAUAAAUUAAGUUCACGCG